AUGGACGUGUUCGUGGAGACGAAGAGAGGCCCGCCGUUCUCCAUCGAAGUUGGAUACUACGACACCGUACUGAACAUCAAGGAGAAGAUCCACAAGUACCAAGGCAUCCCCGUCCCCGCCCAAACCCUCUUCUUCAACGGCCACAUCCUCCACGACGACCACCACGACGUCGAGCGCUGCGGCAUCCUCCAAGACUCCCGCAUUUUCCUCCACGUGUCCCCCGACGCCGCCGCCGCCGCCGAAUCCGACCACCGUAGCAACACUACUCCCCACCACCACCACCCGGCUCCGGCCCCAUCCCCAUCCCCGGCUCCAACUCCCCUCCCUCCUCCCACUCCGCCGCCGCCACCGGCGACGUCCAAGAUCCUGAUCAAGAUCAAGACCCCCAGAACGGCGUCGCAUCACCUCUCCCUCGAGAUGGACCCGAACGACACCGUUUUAGCCCUGAAGGAGAAAAUCCAAGAGAUCGAGUCCGUCCACGUCAGCAGGCUGGUCCUCCAAUCCAACGGCGGCGGCGGGCCCGAGCUGCAGGACCACCGCACUCUGCGCGACUGCGACAUAACAAACAACUCCGAGAUCUCCGCCACCGCCCGCCCUCCGAUCCCCGCCCCGUCUCCUCCUCCCGCCAUAUCCGCCGCGACAACCGCAUCGGUUCCGACCGGGUCGGGUUCGAGCGGAAGCAACAAGAAGCUGAAGCUGCUGGUGGUGACGAAAUGCGCGACCAAGAAACUGCCCGUGGAAGUGAACGCAGGGGAUAACGUCUCGGAGCUGAGGAAGGAGCUGCAGAGGCUGCAUCAGAAGAUGAAUUUCCCGCUGCCGCAGGAGGGCUAUUUCUUCAUAUACAAGCAGAACGUGAUGGAGGACGAGCAGUCGUUUCGGUGGCACCAGUGCGGCCAAGGGGACACGAUUGAGAUCUUCAAUGGCAGCGUUACUGGCGGGUCCUAG